AUGCGUGCGACUAACUUCAAAGGUGCUAGCAAAGAGAUUUAUAAAACUGCAGCUCACAUCGAGAAAAAAAAUGAAGUAUGUAUCUACAUUACCUCAGAAGAUAUAAAUUGGUUAUUUAAUCCUCCGACAUUUUCUGACUUCAGUGGCUUUUGGGAAGUUAAUGUGAAAUGCAUGAAAUUACAUCUUAAACGAGUAUUAGGAUCUACACUUCUGACUUACGAGGAAUUUGUAAAAGUGCUUUUACAAUUGGAAGCGUUAAUGAAUUCCCAUCCUCUAUAUGCGAUGCCUAGUGAUCCAAACGAUUUUAGUGCAUUGACUCCAGGCCAUUUUCUGAUUGGAGUCCCUUUGCUUGCCAUUUCUGAAUCUGACUUGAGUGAUGUUAAAUCUUCAAGACUUAAACGUUAA